AUGGACUGCCUUCGGGAUUUCGAUAAAUCAUUCAAGAUCGAGCCUUCAGACCUAUCAUUAUACCCAGGGUGCUAUGACCGAAAGCAAGUUGCCGUGAUAAGGACCAAGGGGAGCCCAGACUCUUUUCGGCGAAUUAAAUCCGAGGCUUCGUAUUUUAUGAUACCUGGGUUGUCAACUGACGGGGUUAUGGUUGACCGAAACUUUUAUCAUCUCACUCCUCUGAAUAGGCCGGAGGAUGGGGAUGAUAUGAUUGAUGUUAUUGCUGUUGCUGGUCUCGAAGGGCACGCAAUCGAGUCCUGGAGGAACACGAAGAGCGGUGAAAUGUGGCUUCAAAAUCAUCUUCCCAAAGAUAUUAAAAACAUCCGUAUUUUAACCUAUGGUUACAACACCGAUCUUAUCGGGGACACAAUGGAGGACACCAUUCUGGACCUCAGAUCAAAUCUAUUCACACAUUUAUUGAACGUUAGGAAGACAGCUCAAGAAAAAAAAAGACCUAUCAUUUUUAUAGGUCAUGGUUUUGGUGGCAUCCUCAUCUUACAGACAUUGCUUGAGUCAAAAAGCCGGAAGAUUUAUGAACAUAUCUUAAACGCAACAAGGGCUCUGUUCUUUUUCGGGGUCCCACACCAAGGCUUUCGAACAUCUAAACUUGAAGCAAGGAUUAAAGAUAUGUCAAGGGACGGGGAUCCAUCUGCUGCAGUUAUGCUCCUCGAAAAGCUGAGGCAAAAUUCUGAGUUUCUUAUAAGCCAGAGAAACGAUCUAGUCGAUAUUUGGGAUAAAAUCAAUCUCUACAGCUUUUAUGAGAAAGUAAAAACACCAAUUAUCGUACAGACCGCUUCGGGACAGUGUGAACCAAAAGAAAGAGCAGAGGAAACGGUUCAAAAAAUGUCUUCACGAUUAUUUAUGCCAAGAGAAAUUGCAGUCGGCGUCUCAAAAACCCACUCAGAAAUGAUUAGAUUCAUUUCGGAUGAGGAUCCUACAUAUAUAACUUUUAAGCGGAAUAUGGAAGAAGAGGUAGCAAAUGUACUUGAAUCACUUGAAGAAGAGAAAAACGAACCCAAGGAAUUUCUCUUUAAGUUGUCGGAACCCCAAACGAGAAGUUUACCCGCGCCCAUUGGUUACCACGCGGGGUAUAGUUUCAGUGGAUUCAAUGGAACCAUCUCAAGCGUCACUGAACAUAUCGAAACAGAGUCAUCCUGA